GAUUUAGUCCGGGUUUGACUUUUACGGUAUCCUCCGAUGUGGGUUUAGCAUUUACGGUAUCCUCCGGCGUGGGAUCGAUUGAGCUUAAUUGUUGGUGGAUCAAUUGAGCUUUAUCAUCAGUUUGAAAGGCUGCCGAACAAGAAGAAGUAACCGUGCUGAUUGGUGGAGCUUGACUUUCCGACAACAAGGUAAAAUUUGUUUCGUUAUUUUAUGAUUUGCUGGUUAUUUUGCAAUUUGUUUCAUGAAAUUGUUGUUUGGUUGGAAGGAAUUUUGGUUUAAUUUUGUUGAUGAGUUUUGAUUUCUUGAAUCGGGUAUUGUAGAUUGAGGCUUGUUUGUGAUUUUGUAGUUCAAUUGUGAAGUAAUUGAGAUGCUAUAGAAUACUCUUAUUUCUUUUAUGGCAGAAGCUGUAUAUGCAAUAAACUUUGCUUUUGAAUUUAAAUUUUGUAUUUGAAUUUUCUGUAUUUGAAUUUGUAAAUGAUGGAUUUUAAUUUACGUUUUGACUCGGAAAGUGAAGAGUAAGAAGAGGAGUGUGAAAAUGAGAGAGAUCAAAUGUGGGGCAGAGGAAGCCAUGGAAAUGAAGAAGAGGGCUUACUCCGGCUCUUGUUCGAUGGGUUUGUGGAUAUUUGGUGGAGAGAGGAAGAUGGAGAAAGGUUUUUGGGGGGUGAGAUUAUGAGAGGAGAUUCGAUGGAAGUAAAAGACAAAAAUGUCUGUAAAAAACAGAGAGAGAGGGUAAUGAAGAAAGAAACGGAGUAUGAGAAAGAAGAAGAAUAUAAUGAGAUGGUGAUAAUGGAGGAGGGUUGGGCCUUGAUCUAUAUUUUGUUUUCCUUUUUCUUCUUUCCAUUAUUGAUGUUUCAGUCUCUUUUGCAACUCUACUUUUUACCACAAAAUAUGUUAUUGAUUUUGUUAAACAUUUAACCUUAUUUUGGUGUAUGGAAUGGAGAAUUUACAUAAGAAAAUCAUAACAUUAGCAUGUGUAUUACAAACCAUUGUAUUUUUCAAAGCCUAUUAUAUUAACAUGUUUUCUUAACAUCCUUGUCUUAAUUUCUUUUUUCGUUCGAUCUUUCUUAUAUGUUUGUUUGGAAUCUAUGCUUCUUCUCUCUGUGCAUAAUCAUCCAAAAAAUUUAAAUAAAAUCAUAAUACAAAAAUUGUAAAAACUAGAAAAGAAGAACUUUUAUAUUAAUGAAUUAAAACUAGAAGAUUAAAAUAUCUACUUUUAUAUUUUGUUUUGCUUUAUUUUUCAUAUACAUAUAUAUUAAACUCCCAAUGAGGAGUUUUUGUUUGAUCAUUAUUAGUUAAAAUUUGUGUGUUUUUUCUGUGUGUUUUGUUUGAUGAUUAUUAGGAUGACUUCAUUCUCUGUAGACGAGACUUCAAAACAAAGUUGUUCUAGUGCAGUGUUAGGAAAAAGAAAAUUGGUUAAACCACCAUCAUCGGUAUGGGAACAUUUUAUAAAAGUAGAAGGAUGUGAUCCUAAAUAUCCUAGGGCUGCUUGUAAACAUUGUGAGACUUCAUAUGCAUGUGAUUCCAAAAGAAAUGGUACCACUAAUUUUAAAUGGCAUUUAGAGAAAUGUAAGAAGCAUGUAAAUCCAUUGAAAGAUAAUGUUGAAGGAGAGGGAGAUUCUGAAAGUAGUUUGAUGGCUACAUCCUUCACUCAAGAAAAUUAUAGAACAAUGCUUGCUAGUAUGGUUAUUUUGCAUGAAUUGUCAUUUAAGUUUGUAGAAAGUGAAGGGUUUCACCAAUUUUUUCAGGCAUUAAAUCCAAAAUUUAUGAUUCCAUCAAGAGUAACCGUUGCAAAGGAUUGUUUUCAAAUGUAUAUGAGGUAGAAAAGAAAGUUAAAAAAUGUAUUAACUCGAAGUGGCCAAAGAGUUUGUUUACUACAUAUACAUGGACUUCUGUGGAAAAUAAUAAUUAUAUGGUUAUAACGGCUCAUUUAAUUGAUGAUGAUUGGAACUUGCAUAAAAUAAUUUUUGAACUUUUGUCAAAUAGCUAAUCAUAAAGGAGAUACAAUAGGUCGAGCCAUUGAAAAGUGCUUAGAAGGUAGGGGUAUCGAUAGGCUCUUUACUGUAAUUGUUGGUAAUGCAAGUUCAAAUGAUGUAGCCAUUGCCUACUUGGUUAAAAAGGUUAAAGGCAGAAAUGGGUUGAUGUUGGAUGGUAAAUUUAUUCACAUUAGAUCUUGUGCCGAUAUUCUUAAUUUAAUUGUAAGUGCUGCCUUAAAAGAUUUGCAUGUGUCUAUCAUUCGAAUCAGAAAUGUUGUGAAGUAUGUUAGGUUAUCUCCUGCUAGAUUGCAAAUAUUUAAAGAUUUUGCUAAAGAAGAUAAAUCUCAACAAAAAAUUGUCUUACGAUGGAUGUUCCAAUACGAUGGAAUUCUACUUUCACUAUAUUAGAUGGAGCAAUUAAGUGUCAAAAGACGUUUGAAAGAUUAAAGGAGCAUGACCCUAGUUAUUUGCCAAAUGACGAUAUUCCUACUGUUGAAGAUUGGGAUAGUGCAAAAGUGUUUGUAAAGUUCCUAAAGACCUUUUCAGGGGUAACAAUGAAAUUUUCUGCAUCUAUGUAUGUGACUAGAAACAUUUUUUUUUACGAACUUUGUUUGAUCCAAGAAAUAAUUCGUGAAUACUCAUCGUAUGAGAAUGCACUAUUGAGUCAGAUGACAUUAAACAUGCAGACAAAAUUCAACAAGUAUUGGGGUAUGACUACAAGUGAGAAGACCAAUUUAUUAUUAUAUGUUUAUGUAGUUCUUGACCGUAGAUACAAACUCGCUUAUGUGAAUUAUUGUUUUAAUGAAUUUUUAGAGAAAGAUUGUACAAAAUUAUGGACAAAUAAGAUUGAAGAAGCAUUUGGUCGAUUGUGUGAUGAUUAUUAUAUGAGAAUGUCAAAAGAAAAAUAUUCACAAACACAAUCAUGUACGCCUAUCGAAGGAUUUGACUUUCAAAGUCAAAGUGAAAUACCUUCUAUCUCAUCUAGUGGAUCUUAUAAGGAACGUGUUGUUGUUCAUGAUAGAUUUAAACAAAGUAACAAAACAUGUCUAGAUGAUGCUAAAACAGAGGUGACUCGUUAUCUAGAUGAGGCUCAUAUAAAAGAUGAAUAUUUAGAUUUGCUAAAUUGGUGGAAGGUGAAUUCCUCUCGAUUUAAGAUCAUUAGCCAAGUAGUCAGGGAUAUGUACAGUAUUCCUAUAUCAAUCGUGCCUUCUGAGUUCGCCUUUAGCACUGGAGGACGGGUGUUAACUUCUUUUCGAAGUUCAUUAACUCCUCAAACUGCAGAGCCACUCAUUUGUGCUCAAAAUUGGAUUCAGUCUAAAACUUUGGAUGACAUGACUGAAGAAAUUGAUGGGGCUGAAGAAAUUGAUGAAGAAUUCAUAAACAUAGGAAAGGAGAUGGAAGCUGCAUUUGAGAAUCUGAAUAAUGACUCUAUGAGUCUUGAAGCACAGUGAUAGAAGCACCUUGGGUUAUACGAACAAGGUGUAACGUAGACAAUAGAUUCAAUUGUAGGCAAAAGAGAAUUUGACAUAUUUGAAUAAAUUUUUUGUUGCUAUUGUUUCAAAUGUCCAUUUGUGUUCUAGCCUUAUAGAUAAUAUGAGAGGAAGAAUGAUGACAAAAGACCUUUGUUACAGAAAUCCUAAGAAAUUUGGUAUGCAAUUAGUUUGCAUCUGUAUACUUUUAGAAAAUGCGAGAAGUAGUAGUUUUAUGCCUCAUAGAUAUGUUGGUAUGUUGCAACUUUGUUUCUUUAUCUCUAACCUUACUUUGGGAAGUUAUUUUUUCUCAAUAUCGAGAUGAUAAUUGUUCAUGAAGUUAGGAAUUAAUGUCGUUUGCUAGAUUCAGUUCUUGUAGGCCUCUUGCAUCAUUCCUAACAGGAGAAACGUGAAAAUAGUUUAUUUGAAGAUUUUGAAGUAUUAUUUUUCUUCUACAUUCUGGUUUUUGUUUAAGUUUUAUGGCCACGAUUUGAUAAUAUCGCCCAACAUAUCGAACAACCUAUUCUCAAGGCUAAACAAGAUUUAUCUACAGUAGAAUAUUAUCACUGUAUGUUUGAGUUUUUUAGUUUUUUAGAGUUUUUCUUUAGAGUUUUUUGCCAAUAUUAUAACUAUUAGCUUUCCUUU